AGUGGGGGGGGGGGGGGGGGGCUCUUGGCAGUUGGUUGCAGAGGCUGAUGAGCUGAUGGGAUGAUGGCACUCAGGAAGGCGGACAUUUGGAGUAGUUGUUGGCAUGGAGCUCCUUGGAUUCUCUCUCCUUGUGAAGCUUUAAGGUGAAUGGUUUUGUCUUGGUUGCAGUUCUCUGUUGGGUAGCAGGUCUUCACCAGCAGGCCUCAGGAGGGUUUCCUUACUGGGCCUCGCGGAGGUCUAGUGAUUUCUUGAUGGUUCUCUGGAGGACUUCUCAUGUCUGAGUCUGAGGUGUCAGGUUUUAUGGUCUAAAGUUCAUGGGGAUGGAUGACCAGGAACCUGACAUCUUAACAAAUGACUGGCCAUCUAGUCAGUGGGCCAUAAAAGUUGGAAUGCUGGUCUCCCUUGUUAUCUGUGUGUGUGAUCCUACAAGAACCAUACCUGCAGUCUCAGCCCUGGCGUAUGUGUGUGUGUGAUCCUACAAGAGCCAUACCUGCAGUCUCAACAUUCUGCCAAACUAAACUUUCUGUUUUUUUCCCCUUAAAACAAUCCUGCAUACAGCCUAGCUUAUUAAAGAGACAUUAUUUAACCAUGUCAGGGACGAGCUCUUCAUGGUACCGCCCUACCUGGUGGAACAGAAGAAGACUUGGGGCUCCCAAGAUCAAUGUCCACCCUUUUCUUAUUGAAAUUAUAAAUGAAUUAUUGGAUGAACAGUUGAAGCAAUUCAAGUUGCACCUGAACACACAAGUACCGGAGGGAUUUGAACCAAUUCCAAUCAGUCAGUUAGAAGAAGCAGACCGAACAUGUAUAGUUCAAAAAAUGAAAGAUAGCUAUGACACCGAGGGUUCUUUUAAGAUAACUUACGCAAUACUGAAGAAGAUGAACAUGAAAGACCUGUCAAACAAACUGAAGAACGUGAUGAACAUCGGUAGGUCCCCUCCAGGGAAGAUCUGCAUUAUCUCUGUGGGAGCGACUUUCGUUUCCUUAACUUGGGAAACACACAAAGACCUGAGGAGCAUCCCACACAGUUACAGUGUGACCUGGAAGGACAGCGGCACCAGCCGGUCCAUCACCUCAGAUGAGAACCAGGUGUCUGUACACCAUCUGAGAGCAGGAACGGAGUACGUCUUCUCUGUGAGGACUACGCUGAAGGGCACCGAUUUCACGAGUCAACCUGUCAGUAUCAACAUUUGCACAAGUCACAAUAUGACAGUGCUGCUGUUAGGAAGGACAGGAGUGGGGAAGAGUGCGACUGGGAACACCAUCCUGGGGAAGAAAAAAUUUACAUCAAAAACCAGCAAAAACUCUGUAACAAUGAGCUGCGCUAAAGCUAAAGAGGAAGUUGCAGGAAGAAAGAUGUCAGUGGUGGACACACCAGGCCUGUUUAACACAAAGCUGAGCAAGGAAGAUCUCAUGAAGAAGAUCACAGAGUGUGUUUCCCUCUGUGCUCCUGGGCCCCAUGCAUUCCUGGUGCUGCUGCAGGUCACAGAUCUGCUGAACAAGAUCGAGGAGAUGGUACGGAAGAAUGGAGGAGGCCAUUACCCCAACGAGAUGUUCAUGAAGGCCAAGAAGGGCAGUGGGGAGAAGAACAAGGGGGUUCUGGGAGAUAAAAAGGAGAGAAAGAAAGAAAAUCAAAAAACUUUGGAAAAAGAAUCAACAGGCCUGGAUUAAAAAAAGGAAAAGGGAAGAGUUACCCAUCAUACCAGAGCAACAAUCAGCGGGAAGAGCCUCCGAUUUUCAGUGAGAAUUAAAUGUUUCCUCUGUCUGGAUAAUAUACUCUUGAGUGUGUCUUUAUAUGACUGUAGUAGUAAAUUAGUAAAUGAUCAUAUUACUUUUACAAUAUAAUCUUAGCAAGAUGAUUGCACCAUAUGCAUGGAAAAAAUGAAGGGACAACAGCACGAUUUUUUGUUUCACUUAUUUCUCUACUUAUGGAUGUGUGUCUCUGAAUUAUAUAUAUAAAUAUAUUCUGUAAACCCCAGCCUGAUUCUUCCCUGUUCCUCAUCAAUGAAGGGCGUCUUCCUUGCUCUAUGGAACCUCAGUCCUGCUUCUAGGAGCCUGAUACAAACUCUCCUAGCAGUGCACCUCACACCUGCAGUUUGUUUCCCAUUCCUCUGGAAGGUCACUUGAUGUCGUCCUUCGAUUCAUGAGAAACUGUCGGAUAAGUUAACUCUCAUCUCUGGCGUUAGAAUGUCGCUUCCGCCUUUUACCAGGCUGGUUUCUGGUCGUUCCCAGUGUCUCCUGCUUCACCUUAUUCCUACUGUUGUCUGAGAGACUUUGAGCCUGGAAGCAGCCUGCUGUUCAGUGUAGCUUCUGCCAGCAGAACCACGAUUAAAUCAGGAUUUAAAAAUGCAGAUAUGCUUACAAGUUUAAAGUGGUCUCCUAAUUUUUUCCACAGCAUAUAUUAGUGCUGAAUGUAUUGGUCUUCAUUCAAUGUAUACUGAUUAUGCAGAAUCCAGAUGAAUAGUCAAAUUAGUAACAGUCUGGUUGUAUAAAGACCUUAAAAUAGUCUACAACUUAAAUAUUUUCCAAAUGCAUUAAAUAUUUUGUAGAUUGUAGCUGUGACGCCCGCUCCGUCCGCUCCUCGUGUGUGCCACGCCCCCUAAUUACCCAGGUGUGAUUUCCUGAUCGUGCCCAGUCGUGUCUUGUUUCCUGCUGCCUUGUUUCAUAUAUUUAAGUUCCUGAUUUGUACUAACCCGUGUCUGUCAUUGAUGUUAGUUGGCGUCUUCUGUUCCCUGCCCCGCCAUUCGUAAUAAACCCCUUGUUUGCCCUGAUUACGGCUUGUUUGCCCGUUUCUGCCUGCUCGCCCGCACGAUCGCCGUUCUGCCCGCGAUCGAGCGUGACAGUAGCUUUUUGUAUAGUUUUUAUUUUUUAGCUAUGGUUUGUUUUGUAUAGAAUUAGCUACUUACCUAUAUAAGCCUCUUUGUUUAUAUAACAUUCAUCACGCACUACAUCACUGUCUCCGGCUUUGCCAGAUUUUGGGGUUUCUCAGUAAGGAUAAUCUUUUCAGCAAAACCUUGCAUUUCGCUGGAUAAAUUUGUAUUCUUUUAACAGGGAUUGCCUGUGAGCGCACUGAUAAAUUCAUGGCUGUUGUGUUUCUCUUUGUACACUUCUAUCUUAUUUUGCUGCCCAUGUUGACCAGGACUCCCUGGAUGAAGGGAGGCUGUU